AUGUCUGGUUUCUUGGGCAACCUCUUUGGUUUGGGUGGAAACAAUGGCACUGAGAACGCCUUCAAAAACUCGGGAUCAGGCGGACAAGACUUCGACAAUGGAGAGUUCAACACUGGUGUACAAGUUGCAAGGGGUAGACGCGCACCUUGCAAUCGUAACAAUGGCACGAAAGAUGCUUUUAACAACUCUGGUUCAGGAAAGCAGAAUUUCGGAAGUGCCAAGUUCAACACUGGUGCUAGGUCUAAGUUUAAACCUUUGCCUGGCAUGACCAGACCUUGA